UUUCAUUUCUUUUUCCUUCUUUCUAAUUAACACUUGGCUGCUUACUUUGUUGGCUAUGGAGAAUAAUAUAAGAAGGAUUAAAGAAAAAUGAAAAAGAGACAUGAGAAGAGGCCAGACAGAGGGUGAGGGUUGAGUGUCUAGGCUAGUACUAGUGGGAGGAAUAAAAAAUAAUUAAGUUUUAAGUAAGAGGGAGGAUAAAUAAUUUAAGAAGAUUUAAGUUUUUACUAUGCCAUUAAUCUGAGCAAAAAGUUGAUCAGAACUAUGAUUAAGUUUUAAGGAGUUCAAGUCAAAUUAGGUGCCAUCAAAACUCAAAGGCAAGUUCUACAAACUGGUGGUUAGGCGUAUGUUAUAUGGGGUGGAGUGUUGGCUCUCACGUUCAGAAGAUGAAAGUGGCGGAAAUGAGAAUGCUGCGAUGGAUGUGUGGGAACACUAGGAGCGAUAGGAUUAGGAAUGAAGUUAUCCGAAACAAGGUAGGAGUAGCCUCGGUGGAGGACAAGAUGCGGGAAGCGAGACUGAGAUGGUUUGGGCAUGUGAUGCGGAGAGACACAAAUGCACCAGUGCGGAGGUGCGAGAGGCUGGUUAUGGAUGUUUUCAGAAGAGAUAGAGAUAGGCCGAAGAAGUAUUGGGGAGAGGUGAUUAGACAGGACAUGGCGCAUCUUAAGCUUACCGAGGACAUGACCUUAGAUAUGAGGGUAUGGAGGACUCAGAUCAGCAUGGAAAGGGUCCUUGAAAGAUAUGAAAGAUACUCAUAUGCUGAGAGGCAGCUUGUUCCCACUGAUCCUAUCUCCCCGGGAAGCUGGACUCUGGAACAUGCAAAACUCAAGACCAGACUUGAGGUUUUGCAAAGAAACCAAAAGCAUUAUAUGGGAGAAGACUUGGACUCAUUAAGUAUGAAAGAACUUCAUAAUGUGGAGCACCAGCUUGAUUCUGCUCUUAAACACAUUCGCUCAAGAAAGAACCAAUUGAUGCAUGAGUCCAUUUCUGUGCUUCAAAAAAAGGACAAAGCAUUGCAGGAGCAAAACAACCAGCUUUCCAAGAAGAUGAAGGAAAGGGAGAAAGAGCUGGCCCAGCAAAAUCAGUGGGAUCAGCAGAACCAUGAAAUCCACUCAUCUUCAUUUGUUUUGCAGCAGCAAUUGGACUCUCCUCACCUUGGGGAAGCAUACCAGAGUGCGGGAGUAGAUAAUGGAGAAGUAGAAGGAGCUAAUUCACAGCAGCAACCUAGUAGUACUGGGAUGCCACAAUGGAUGCUUCGCCACCUUAAUGGCUAAACUGUGGAAAAAAUUGAUGGUCAUUAUCAAGCUAGGUAUUGGCUAAACGUUCAUAUAUGUCAACUCUAUCUCUAAUUUAUAUUUAUACAAUAUAUAUAUAUAUACAUUAUAGAUGGAUUGCUGUAAAACAUUAUUGUAUGUUAAAAUGAACUUUACUGUAUGAGCUUUGCCUUGAUUUAACCAAAUAUUCUGAAUGAAUUAUCUCCUUGUAGAAGAUAUAUGCUUGAAUGAUUGACGGAUAUUCUUUCUUCAAAUGAUGCUUUGGUUGGUUA